AUGAAGCUCCUGUGUGUCGCCUUCGUGGCGCUGAGUGUGGCUUCGGCCUCACUGUUCUCGUCGAACGAUGAAUCCGCCGAUUGGCAGUCCAAAGCCUUCGCCCAAGCCAACCGUGCCUACCACUACCAAUACGACGCUCAGCUCAGUGCCGGCUACGCCCCAUGGAUCAGCUCUCAACGUGCCCAACAACGCUUGAACGCCCAGAUCCGUGUCGACUUUGCCUCGGACCGUUCCGCCAUCCUCCGCGUCCAGAAAGCUCGUCUUGGCCAACUGAACGAUGAAGUUGAAGCCUCUCAACUCCAGCACAUUCAGCUCUCCGAACGUGCCCAGAUCCCCGAAGAAAAGAUGGCCCAGCUCCGUCUGCCAGUCCAGUUCACCAUCGCCGACGGCAUCGUGGAACGCGUCCAAUUCGCCAAGAACGACCCCACCUGGUCCCGCAACAUCAAGAAAGCCAUGAUCAACCUGAUGCAGCUCAACUUGAAGCAGGCUUCGUUCGAAUCCGUCCGAAAGGUCUCCGAACAAUCCGACGCUAGACCCUCGACCUUCACCGAGAUCGAGACCACUUUGGAAGGUGAAUGCCCAGUCCAAUACACCGUGGCUGAAACUGGCAAACAACAAUGGAACGUGACCAAGGCCAUCCAGUUCAAUGCCUGCCGCAAGGUCUCUGACAUUGCCUACGGUCUUCAAUCCGAACAAGCCCAAUCCCACUUGUUCAUCAGAAGCCAACAACAGUUGUACCGUCAACAGAACACCGUUGAUGAAUCCAGCAAGCAACAACAGAGAAUCCAGCCAAUCCCUCAAGAAAAGUUGGAACGUUCCACUGUCUACCUCUUCCAACUCCGUGCCAACAACGAGAAGAUCGCCCUGUUGAACUCCGAAACCGUCUCCAGCUACCAGAUGAAGUCCACCAACGCCGAGAACCAAAACGCUCAACAAGUUUUGGCUUUGGCCCGCCUUCACUUGACCAAGGUCGAGGAACAGAAGCCAGAAGCCGUAGAACAAAAGCUGAACGAAGAAGAGACUCUUCAGUACAACAGCCAGUACGAGUCCAACGAGAAGCGCUUCUUCAUGUACGGUGACGAAGAGUUCUCCACCAACCCCUUCCACGCCGAGCACUCCGACGAAUCCCGCACCAAGAUCAUCAGAAGCCACAUGAGCCAGAUCGUGUCGGCUUUCGAGAAGAACGCCCACGAGUCCAAGCAGGAGAUCAUCACCAAGGUCACUGAAUGUCUCUACCACAUCCGUAGAUGCUCCCAAAAGACCCUGAAGCACAUCCGCGAACAGUACACUGAGACUGCCGAGCGUGAACUCUUCGACGACCUUUUGGCCAUGUCUGCCACCAGAAACACGAUCGCCGUCUUGUCCCACCAACUGAACAAGAUGAACACCAUCCACUUCGUCAAGGUCAUGAAGUCCAUCUCCGGCAACAUGAUUGCUCCAUCCGACAAGAUCGCUCAACACAUCUUGGACGUGUGUGAAGACUUGAACAAAGAAGACCAGACCCGCCAACAAACCUGCUGGAUCGCCUUCUCCGCCAUCGUUGGCCAAUUGAACCAACAACAACAACAAGCUCGUCUCUCCUCCGCCUACCCCACCCAGAAGGAAGAACAACAAGUCCAAACCAGUCUUGCCGAGUUCCAAAAGGUAUUGGAGAGAAGAUGGGAAGAAGCCGAGAACGAGUACGAACGAGUAUUGGCCUUGAAGUGCUUGGCCAACGCCGCUUUAGAAAAGACUUUGCCAUUGUUGGAACAGAUCGCCUCAGGUCGCAAACACUCGACCUUCAUCAGAACCGAAGCCGUCGAUACGUUGAGAAGAUUCCGCUUCUCGCACCCACAAAGAAUCCAAGAGAUCUGUAUGCCAAUCUUCGAGAACAACAGAGAAAAGCCAGAACUUCGUAUGGCCGCCCUCUCUUUGACCGCCUCCACCCUUAACGUUCAACCUGAGGUAGCUCGUACCAUCGUCGACCAAAUUGUCUACACUUUGAAGACGGAAAGUUCUGAGCAAGUCCGUGCCUUCACCUACAGCUUGUGCCGUGCCUACGCCAACUCGCCAGUUGUCUACGAGCAAGAAGUCGCCCAGAAGCUGCGUCAAUCCCUCAAGAUUGCCAACCUCGAUGAAGAAGAGAGUCUUAACCGUGCUUCUCGCCACAUCCGUGUGCCAAUCUACAGCCACACCGAACAAGAAGGAGUCUUCGUUGGAGCCAGCUUGGCCUUCAGCCCCGAAUCCCUGCUCCCAACCCACGUUGCCGCCUACGUCGACAACAUGUUGAACGGUCUCGUCAACAAGCACACCAUCUACGUGUCCGCCUGUCAACAAAACAUUGACCAAUGGAUUCAACGUUUGGCACGCAAAGCCCGUUCGGCCAACCGUUCGGCCUCGAAGAGAAGAAACGACCUGAAGCAGUUCCUCGAGUCCAUCAAGAUCGAGAAGCGUCAACAAUCCACCGAGACCCCAUUUGCCAUGAUCUCCAUCAGAGUUAAGGAUGUCGACCAAAUGGUACUGCCAUUGACCGAUGCCACCUUCAACUGGCUCAUGGAGAACGCCGAACAAGCUCGCAUGAUGGCCGACUUCUUCCAGAUCACCGAAUCGACCGAAGGACGCUUCAGCUCCAUGAUCUCUGCCCACGAAUCUGGAUUCGUCGUCCCAACUCCAACUGGAUUCAAGAUCGAGUCUCAACAACUCGCCAUCGUUUUGGCUCACGGAAAGAUUCAAGGUGAAGUGAACGUUGACUUGACCUCUCACUUAAAGACCAACAUGAACAUCAAGCGCGCCCAAUUGGCUGUUGAACACCAAAAAGUCCUCAGAAUCGUGGACCCAAUCGCCAAGAAGGACGCUGGAGUCGCUUCUCACAGAACGGUCGAGCUCCAGACUCCCAAGAACAUGAAACUCCGCCUCGAAGCCUCCGUAGCCCACGGCUUGAAGCUCCAGACCUCGACUGAAGGGCAAAAGGUGCAAUUGGUCGCCCUUCGCACCUUGCCAUACACAUUCGUCGGAAAGGAACACCAAAAGAUCCAGUCCAUCCAGAACCGCCAACUUCAACAACUCCAACGUGAAGUCAGAUACAACACCGAGAGCUUCAGAGUCUCCGGCCUCGUACACCAACCCUUGGACUGGACUCGCCCAACCGAAGUUCUGAAGACUUUGUUGACCGCCGAGAACCACCUCACCGUCGACUACAUCCCAUCCCAGAACUACGAAGGCUCCGUCAACUUCAAGGCUCACGGCUUCUUGUUCAAGCCCGUCAAAGUCGAAGAAGCCAUCUCCGCCCAGUUGAAGCAGUUCAGCAAACAACAACGCCAAGUCAUCUCCAUCGACAAAUGGACUGGCGGAUUCGAACAGGAAGAAGAGGAAGAGUACGAUGAACAAGAACAACAACGUACCGACCGUUUCAUGAGUAACUACCACAAGAAGAUCGCCACCGCCGGAACCUCCAACAAGGCCUACAAGCACCGCCUCGUCCUUGUUGCCGAAGCCGGAGAGAAGAAGUCCCAAUUGGAGCUCGAAGCCACUUGUGACGCCUCUUUGACCGCCUGCCGAUUCCAAGCCAAGGCUCAACGCCCAGCCAUCCGUUACCUCGACGAGUCCAACGACUGGAAGGUCGAAGCCAACGUCGACACCUUGAUGCCCGAAAACAUGAAGGACGAUGCUCACAACCGCUUCUUGGCCCGUGUCCACGUCCAAUGGGGAACCAACUUCGACCAGAAGAUCAAAGCCUUCUUGUCCGCUCGCCCUCAAGCCAGAUUCCCAGAAAACGUCGCCCUCUUCUUGAACCAAAUCGACGUCUCCGCCGACUACAUGCUUCACCAACGAUCCCAACGCAUCAUCGAGCGCGUGUACAGUCUCAUCAAGGCCUACUACUACCUCCAGAGCGAAGUCUACCCCGCCCAGAAGCCAUCGAUUGACGCCGAGAAAAACGGUCACAUCCGUGCUCGUUUGGCCAUCGAACCCAUCUCACGUCAGACCUUCAACUUGACCCUCCAAUCCGCCAACGAAGUGUUCCACCUGGAGAACAUCUACACCCCAGUCAAGCUCGGGUUCUACGCCCAGAGACAAGAACGUCGCCCCGCCUACCACUCCGUCAAGUCCAUCUUGAGCCGUGCUAGUGACGAUGCCCGUGCUGAAUGCCGUAUCCAGAAGAACAACAUCAUCCAGACCUUCAACGACGUCGAGUUUCGCGCUCCAUUGAGCCACAAAUGCUACAGCGUGGUGGCCAAGGACUGUCAGAACACUGGAGAACCACUGUUCGUCGUGUUAGCCAAGCAACAGACCUCGGAACAGAAGAACUUCAACAAGAUCGUCAAGAUCCUCACCCAAGACAUGGUCCUUGAAGUCCAACCAGCCUCCGACAAGAAGACCGAACGUUCCCUGCAGCUGACCUUGAACGGUGAGCUAGUCAAGGCCUUCGAACACCCCCUGGAGAACAUGGAGUACGAUGGUGAAGAGUUGUACGCUCGCUUCGACGGUGUUACCGUCCGCUUCGAUGGUCGCAAGCUGUUCGUCAAGGUUUCGCCCGAAUUCGCCAACGCUCAAUGCGGUCUGUGCGGCCACUUGAACGGUGAGUACGAUGAGACCUUCCGCCGUGCCGACAAUGAACAAACCGACGAUGUUGCCGACUUCCACCGUUCCUACACCGUCCGCGACUCGCAAUGCGACGAAGAGCACUUGAACGAGUUCUACGGUAACCAACAACAAAGACAAAGCCGCUUCCGCAAGAUGGAUUCUGAAUCCCGCUCGUACGACGAAUACGAAGAGAAGGAUUCUGAAGAAUGGGAAUCUGGAGAGUACAGAACCGAACGUCAAUACGAUGAGGAGAGCGACGAGGAAUACGACUACAAAACUGGCAAGAGAAACUCUGUUGGUAGGUUAUUGAGGCGAUUGUAUAUUGUAGUUUGAAUAGUAAAGUUUUAUAGUUAUGGUAGUAAAAUUUAAGUUUGUAUGUUACGGUAAGCUAUGAGAAAUAACAAUCUUACCAUAAAAAGUAAUAUAUGUUGAAAUAUUUGCCAAUUUACUCAAUAUAAGGCUACUAUUAUAUAACACCGUUUUACCAUAUUAUUAUACCGAAAACCCUAUUUUAAUUACUUCGAUAAAAAUGGCAUUACUGUUUCUAGAUCACUAAGUAAAAAAUCUAUACCUAAAUACCUAAAUUAAUAUCACAAAACUAUAUCUACAACACCUACUUUCAGCCGCCAAAAACAUGAUUGAGGUUGUGGAACGCAAGCACGAGAUCUGCUUCUCUCGCAACUCUGUCGCCCGCUGCCCACAAAACAGCUACAGCAACGAGCAGAAGGAGAAGACCGAGCAACGUGACUUUGUCUGCUGGGAACGUCAUUCGGCCGAUGCUCGUCGUAUGUUGCGCGAAAUCCGUCGCCACCAAUACGAGAACCUGCAGAAGCUGGCCGACAGUUUGGAGGUCGAGAUCCGCGACUCUGUCACUCCAUUGGAAGUACAAAUCCACCGUGAAUGCAUCCGUGCUUGA